UGGAAAGGAUUGCACUGAAAUUGCAUGGUAUUACAUCAACCAGAGACCCCGUACUAACCUAAGCGAUAUGAUUUACUGACUCACGCCUCAGUAUUUCUCGAUGCAUUGUCAGCCGAGCAAAAUAAGAAAUCAGCGUGCAGUGACAGACAGCUUGGUCUAACAGAAGAGGGCAGUUAUCCUGCAGUUAUACACCCCUUCCCCCUGCCCAUGGCUUCUCUAUGGCCAGCCUCUCCACUUAUCUGCAAGCUAUGAGAAAAGGCACAUCGAAAGGCGAGGCCGAAUGCAUAUUGAGAUAGUGUUGUAUAGUCUGUUAUAAUAAACAGUCUAUUGCAUGAGUUUCCCGAUGGAAUCACUAUUUCUGCUUGAUUUCAAGCUCCCUGGAGAUCCGGCUAACGCUAUGGACUGUUUAGAAAAUGAGUUCUACAAUAACAGGGGCAAUUGCACUCCAUGCAAGCAGUGCCCACCUGGCCUGGAGCUCUCACAGGAGUGUGGUUUUGGGAGUGGAGGCGAUGCGCACUGCGUGAGCUGCAGCCCCUGCUUCUAUAAGGAUGAGUGGGGACACCAGAGCUGUAAGCGCUGCCAGUCCUGCAAGCUCAUUUCCAGACUGCAGAUAUCCAACUGCACAGCCCAGAGGAACGCUGUGUGUGGAGAAUGCCUGCCAGGGUUUUACAGUAAAGCGAGGAUUGGUGGACAGCAGGAUGUGCAAUGCAUCCCCUGUACUGGUCAGACUCCUCCCAGCGAACUUCAGUGCAGUACAAGAGUUCAGAUCAUGAAGGUUUCGGGUUCGGCAGCACCCCCUGCUGACACUGCCGCAGCUGCUGUUGUUUGCAGUGCUCUUGUUACCGUGGCGAUUGCUUUGAUGAUUCUGUCAUUUCUGUACUGUAGAUGCACCUCAUUUGGGAGCUGUGUUCAAGCGUUUCUGAGGUCCUGCAGUGCUGACUGGAGUGAGCGCGGUGAAGCUGUUGCUACUGAUGAACCCAGAGAGACCCUGAUGCAGAAUGCAGCUGGGGAGCUCAGCCCUGUUGUCCAGGAAACAGUGGAGCCCAUAGGCCAGCCUGUGGACAACAACCCUGCCAGUCUGAGGUCCUGCAUGGAGGCAUGCACAUUCCCAGGGAAUCCUGCCAAGACAGUGGAGCCCAAGCCCCAGUGUGUGAGCAGCUUAUCAGAAACCCAACCGCUGAUCAGAGACUCCACCUGCAGCACCUGCUCGUCCUGGAGCUCCUCCAGCUCCAGGAACAGUGCGGAGUCCUCCCUGGGGCAGCCCCAAGAGGCAACAUCACUGAAUGGAUACUGUGCAUUGGAGCAGGAGGGGAGAAGACAGCAUGUUCCGGUGGAGUGCACUGAGUUAGACUUCCAGGGCUGUGCUGCUCGUUCCAAAGAAACCAGGAUUGGAGACACAGCAGAGCAAGCCCAGCCAGAGGCCCUUUCUGGUGACAGCCUGAUGGAGAAGGAAAUCAGGAUAUCCCCUGUCAAUAUUUCCCAAACCACUACCAGCUGCAUGAGAGUCAAGGAGGAAACCCUCCGCUAUGGCUGUGCAAGCGCCUGCCACGUCCCGCAGAACUGCACCAACAUGGCUUUUGAUGUUCAGAACAUGGUGCGAAAGAGUUGCACAAUCACACAAGGACUUCACUUGGGGCGUCUCCCUCCAGUGCUGGUCGAGUCCCUGUCUCUGAAGCUGGACCCAUCGUUCCCGGGCGUAAAGAACUACAGGCAGCUGGGUCUGGAGCUGGGGGUGCCAGCGGAGCUGAUGGACAGCGUCAUAGGGUUUGAGCAUGUGUUUAGCUACCUCUCCUCCAGCACCCUGACCACAGUGCCCGACCUGGUACACGCCUUCCAUCGCCUGCAGAGGUUCGACGCCUUGUUCCUGCUCUGCGAGUACUCCACUCAGAUCCAUCACAGUGUGUGUGCGCAUUAGCUGACCAGAAAGCAAAACCAGGAUGCACCUUUUUUUUUUUUUCCAUUAACAAGAAAUAAGCCGUUGUUUAGUGCUGGGAAUUCAGAUUUAGGAGAAAUUGUGCAUGUUGGCAUAGCAUGCCAUUAGCACACUACUGCCAGUCAAAGCACUUCGGGUCUGGUUUUGCGAAGCUGUACAGUGGUUACUUUAGGGGUAAGACCAGUUAUUUCACAUUGCUUUAUGGGGUACAGUUGUUGUACUAAUUGCCUGCUUAUGUUAAGAUGUGUUUUUUUUUGUUAACAUUUCUUUCACUGUGCUGAUAUUCCGAGCUUGAUGUGUUCAAUCUUUACAUCAGUUUUCAAUCCGUAAAAAUACUCAAAAGCUAUGAUGACGCUUCUGUUACAGAUAUCACUGACCCCUCCUAGCAGGCUUAGGCAAUACCAUGGAAUCCCUGUGACUGCUCUUUGAAACAAAACUGAAUCUGUUGCACAUUGAGGGGGCCAGUUUGUGAACAGUCCCCAGCAGUUUCUUGUAACCCACUUUGCAAAACCAGACUUGUCUCUUACAAGCUUCAGUUUCCUGACCCAGUCUUAGAUCAUUGCCACCAAGAAAGGUGUUAAAAGAAUUAAGGGCUACAGACCUAGCAGCUCAGGAACGUUAAUACCGAGAGGCGCAACAUUUAGGCAAAUCUCCUCCGAGUGCCACCCCUAACACAAAUACCUUUAGUGUAAACUCUUAGUCCUGGCUGCUGAGUAAGCGCUACUUCUUUGCUCCCUAUUCCUGUAGGGAUAAAGUGAUGAGACGUUUGGUGUUCCUGGAGGUUCACCCGGAAGCGCUUUGGUUUCUCUGAAGGGUGUUAAUUGUGCAGUAAGUGCUGUCCAGCUGGAUCAAUUCUCAGCACUGCAGGCAGCUCUCUGUGCUGCUGGCUCACACUUUUCAUCACACUUCAUCACGACCUAUAAAAGGCCUGGGAGGCACUACUGACUUGUUUGUCCAUUUGAGUAUAAUGGCCUGUCAACGUAUUUCCAGUCCUUGUGUACAUGUGCUGCUUUUGAAACUGCAUUAAAUACUCACAGGAAAGUUUGACUGAUGUAAAUGUUGAGUCUUUAGAAAAGGGGGUGUUUAGAUUGGAUUAGAUUAAGGGAAUAGGCUCUUAUAAAUUACGUAUUUUUUUAAAUAGAAUUAGAAUGAAUCGCGUUUUUAUUGGACGUUCCGUUUAUUUUGUGUCAUCUGACCUCGAUCUGAUCCUCAGGGAUCAGUCCUAUUGUUCCCCACAGUAAUCCAUUGAGCAGCGUAAUAUCUGUCUUGGGGUUUGCCUGGCUGAUUUGUUAUACUUAGCUUGAUUAAACAGGAGCUGAACAAAUGUGUCGAUAUCACACCAUCAUUUAAUAAUGCUGUACGAGUCAGAUGGAAAGUAACUGCAGUUUAAGUCGUGUGGCGGGUUCAGUUUUAAAUUCUCUUAUAGCUUCUCAGAACAGGUGCUAGCUCUUUUUAUCCCUGUUUUAUUUGACACCGCUGUCCUGGCUUCGACUAUGGC